AUGAAGACCAGUAGUGCAAUUCACUAACUUUUAACGAUACGAUUUGUCGAGGUCUAAUAUAACGAUUUUUGUGGUUUGCAGUAACGAUUGUGUUAUUCGGUAACUCUUUUUUAACGACACUAAACAGCUGACAUUUUCUUUUUAUUUCAAUACAAGAAAGGUGGCAUCACAGCUUAACGAAACGUCAAAAAAUGCGAAAAGCACAAAGAAGAAUGACGAAAAACAAAUAAAUUCUUUGCUUGCAAAGUGGUAUACACAUAGAUUUCUGAAUAUUUUAAUAUACUUUUACAAAAAAAUGGCUUCGUCAGUACCCAAUAUUCAAAAGAGAAGCCGGACCACAGCAGAACAACUAAGUCGCAUGGUGGACUUUUUGACGGAAACGCCGGGAUUGGCAGGAUCAAGGUUCCAGAAGCUUCAUGGAAAAUCGGACUGCGACAAGAAGUGGAGUGAACUAGCGUCAAUGCUGAAUAGCCUUGGUGGUUCGGUGAAGAACGUCGACCAAUGGCGCACAGUAUGGAGGGAUUUGAAGAGCCGUACUAGCAUUAAGGUGCGUGAUAGGAAACGAAAGCAGGCAAUGACGGGAAACAAUCCCAUUAAUGAAGAGCCACCCACUGAGCUUGAGAGGCGUGUGAUUGCUCUUGUCGGUAGCGACUAUGUGCAGGGCCAUGAAACUGUUGCUGAAAGUGUGCCAGUGGAAGAGGAACUCCAACUGCGUAUGGAAGAGGGUGAUGAAAGUGUAAUCAUCGAGAUGCCAUCUAUUUCUCACGAAGUGAGCAUUGAGAUGUGCACAUCGACUCCUGUAACUCCUGCAGGAAAAACGCCACGUAGAGGAGCCAAAAGAAGGCGUGUGGACGGUGGUACCGAGGCCCAAAAAUCGUUUUUGGAAAUCGCUCAGACCCAAGCAAAUGCCUUAAAAGUUUUGCAGAGUCGAGUGCAGCGAAUGUACAAAUAGCAAGUAGACAAGCAGAUGCUUUGAAGUUGUUAGCUGAAACAAGUACGGCGAGUGUGCAGGUAGCGAAAUCGUUGGCCGAAGCUAUGACCACAAUGGGGGAAGGUUUAAAGGCAUGUGCGGAUGCCUUUAAUAAUUUAAGAAACGCUAUCUACCGCAUGUAAAUAUUGUGUAAAUAUGUAGUUUUUGAAGUAUUUUUUGUUUUAAUAUUUAUAUUAGUUUUAAGCGUUUUAAAUAUAAGUUGAAGUUCUUUUUUGUUUUUAUAUUUAUGUUAGAGUUAAGUUUUCAUUUG